CUUCUCAAAAACAGUAUCACACAUGUCUUGGUGGUUGGGAAAGGUCUUAAAGUUGAAGAUGACCUUUCUCCCGAAAUCACCGUGAAGAGAGUCGACCUCCUUGACCUUGAAAGUGUGAGGAUUGAGGAUUACCUCGACGAUUUGUGUGGUUUUGUUGAAGAAGGCACUAGAGGAAAUAACAAGAUUCUGGUUCAUUGCCUUUUCGGAAUGUCUCGAUCUGUUGUAGUAGUGAUAGACUAUCUGCAUCGCUACAAGGGCAUCGGAAUGUUCAAUGCUUUCUACUUUGUGGCAACAGGAAGACCUCAGAUUAAUCUGAAUGCAGGUUUCAAAAGGUAUGUAAUU